CGAUACGUAGUUUGUGUUGGCUACAGGAUGGGGGUGGGACAUGUAAAACUGGACACUGCCUAAAAUGGAUGGUUAAGCUAUUCCUAUAUUAUAUAUACAUCCAGCACUAACACAAAACACGGCUGUUUCUAGAACCAGUUCAUCCACUCUCGUGGUUUCUCUAUCAAUUUUGUCUCUUGUUCCAAUCUCUCUAUUAGUCUCCAUUGAUUCUUUGGUUGCUGACCAGAAACCAGCAAUGGGGUCUUUGCUCGGUGUCUUGCCGUCGUUUGACCCUCUCAACUUCAACCAACUUCGUCCCUCAGAUCCUUCUAAUCCUUGUAAAUUGAUGCCUGUCACCUACCACUCUAGUCAUAUCCGGACUCCUCCACCACCUGAUCAAGUUAUAACUACUGAACAAAAUUUACUUACUAGAAAUUUCUAUCAGCAUGACGAGAAGAAGUUGAGACCGAAGAGAGCUGCCACUGAACAUCUAAUCCCAGAUCAUUGAUGCAAGCAAGCUAGGGCUUCAACUACAUAAUGUGAUUUUCUUUUGUCCCUUUUGUGCUCAUGUAAAUUGUAUCCUCUCAUAUCAAAUGUCUAUCAUAGAAACUAUCAAAGCAAAGUUGCUUAUUCAUUGUUGUAAAACCAGGAUGCCGUACCUGUACAUUUUGUAUGUACAAAUCAAACUUAUAGUUGGUUUAUCACUAUAACAA